CAUGACGUGCGCUCGGACGCAGCAACAAACCAAACCCCCUAAAAGAUACAUAUCUCACAAACCGUCUCUCUCUUCUGUCUUGAGGUCAACAAAGCUCAAUUCGUCGCAGUCGCGAGGGUCAGAAUCAACCGAACACUUAAAGGUUCAAACCGGUUGUAAAAAUUAGUCUGGGACAACAGAGUCACUGCAGAUGGAGGUAGACGGGAUGGAAGAUGAAGGACCGUCCCAGAGUGAAGAUGUUCAGUCGGCACUGCAGGAAUCCCUGGAUCCGGAGAUGUCAGAGCCUCUAGAUAAUGUGUGUGUGGAUAAGGAAGCAGUGGAUAAACUCACAGAGGGAUUUCUCUCUCACUACCUACCAGAUCUUCAGAACUCUAAACGAGCACUUCAAGAGCUCACACAAAAUCAGCUGAUAUUGUUAGACACACUGGACCAGGAAGUCACCAAGUUCAGGGAAUGUAAUGCCUUACCCGACCUCAAUUCAUUGUUUACAGAGGCAAAGGUUUACCACAAUAAACUGGUGAACAUAAGGAAAGAGAUGAUCGUGCUCCACGACAGGACAACUAAGCUAAAGAAAAGAGCGUUGAAGCUGCAGCAGCAGAAGCAGAAGGAGGCUCUGGAGAAGGAGCAGCAGCGUGAGAAGGAGCUGGAGAGAGAACGGCAGCUUGUUGCCAAACCUGCUAAAAGAACAUAGGAUCCCCAAGCACUGUAUGCCUGCUGUAUUAAAUGACAAGACAGGUGGUUUAGCAUGUUUUGGCCUAUUUAUUACAUUUUAACAAUACAGCAUUACAUUAGUGCUGACCAUUUUCCAAAGCGCUUGUAUUUUAGUUUUUAGUGUUUGGAUCUUAAUUUGACAGAAUACACUAGAGAAUCAGAGAAAACAGCAGCACUAUGAUUUCCAAACAUAUCCCAACUGGAGUCUUUGUGGUUAUAUGAAAAUGAUGGGGUGUCGAGGGGCCCCAACACCCCAUAAUUUUUAUCAAUGUGUUUCCCUGCCAUCCAGGCAGCUAUUAAAUCCACUUGAAAUGAGCUUAAUACAUAAUAAUGAUAAUAAUCAUCAUCAUGACACUGAAAAUACUGAAAUACAUUUUUUAAUUUUGAGGGACAGCUACUGCAAACAUGUCGUAGGACAUACAAAGCUGUUAAAAUAAGAAUGGUUUUAAACAUACAUUUGGUUUGUCUUUGUUUCCAGCAGCGUUACAGACUUUGACUUUGAGGAUGUGAGUGGUUAUCCAGUAGCUUGACCCCUGUUGUUUAUUCACUGCUAUACCUACACUGCAGUAGGAGCCAAACUUGCAGCAAGCAACUUUUUUUAUCUGGAAAGUGUGAAACAGUCUUUAUUGAAAGAGAUGAUGGGAAACAUGCUUUGGAAAAUGGUCCACUUAAUAAACAGCAUAUGUGAUUCUGAGUAAAGGGGCUAAAACUUGCUAAACAGAUCCUUUAUUUCUGACAUUACCAAGCUCACCACAAACCAAAGACAUGGACUAAAUCAUGAAAUGCUGGUACUUGUCACUAUCGACGUGUGACGACAAAAACUCAAGCACUUCGCUGAGAGUGUCUUUUGCAACCGUCACACAAUGACCAGGAGGAGACUCACUGUGUUUACUAUCUUUAAAAAGUGUUAAUGUGUUGUUCCCUGGGCCCCUUGCCCUAUUAGUGUUGAAUGUUGUUUAAAAUCAAAUAGAUCUGCACUAAAUUUGACUGACUGUAUUACUGGGGUCCAGUAAAUAUUGUAAUUGAUAAUAAUAUGCGCCAAACUUUGCCCGAAACCAUACACAGAAUCUGUAAAGUUGUUAAACCUUUCAAGAGGCUUCUAUGCACUACUUAUGUCUCCACUGUUUGUACCAUUAAUGUACCAUUAAUAAUAAAAGCAAUGCAGACUGG